UUUUGAUUAACCGAUACUGUAACCGAUUCUCCUCUCUCUCUCUCUCUUAAAGAGAAAACCAGAACUUCCAGGAUUCCACUCGACUCGACCCGUCCUGAUUCACCCAGCCGUCAACUCACCAAUCGAACUCAGAUGAUGAAAAAAAGAAGCAGAACGGACCUCGAUCAAGCAGUAGUUAAUGUUUGUAAACGCGAACUCGGUCAGCUCUCCACUCGCGAUUUCGCUCACCGUCUCGCCGCCUCCGAGGAUCUUGUAUUGAGGCUUGAAAUACACAAGAAGUUGGAGAAGCACGAAGGGUGCGUGAACACGCUGAGUUUUAAUUCUGGUGGUGAUGUUUUGAUAUCGGGCUCAGAUGACCUGCGGGUGAUUUUAUGGGAUUGGGAAACUGGGCGUGUUAAACUUUCCUUUAAUUCGGGUCAUCGUAAUAAUGUGUUUCAAGCUAAGUUCAUGCCUUUUUCUGAUGAUCGGACUAUUGUUACUUGUGCUGCUGAUGGCGAGAUUCGACAAGCUCAAAUUCUCGAAGGGGGAGAAGUGAAAACUAUAUUGCUUGGAAAACACAAAGAUUCACGAGUUCAUAAGUUGGCUAUUGAACCUGGGAGUCCUCAUAUAUUUUAUUCUUGUGGCGAGGAUGGAGUGGUUCAACAUUUUGAUUUGAGAACUAGGUCUGCCACAGAACUUUUUACUUGCCGAUCCAUUAAUGAUCCAAGGAGUUUCCAGCCAUAUGUCCAUCUAAAUGCCAUUGCUAUUGAUCCAAGAAACCCGAAUCUCUUUGCAGUUGGGGGAAUGGACGAGUUUGCUAGACUUUAUGACAUCCGCAAGUAUAGUUGGGAUGGGUCAAGUGAUUUUGGUCAACCUGCAGAUUACUUCUGUCCUCAGCAUUUGAUUGGUAAUGGGGAUACUGGAAUUACAGGCUUGUCAUUCUCAGACCAGAGUGAGCUUCUAGUCUCAUAUAAUAACGAGUUCAUCUAUCUUUUUACAAGAGACAUGGGUUUGGGAAAUCCUCCAUUUCCAUCCUUUUCAUCCCCAAUUUCAAUGGGCAGUGAUACAAGUGAAGUAGAACCUGGGUCUAUAGCAUCUUCAUCAUCUAUGGAUGUGGAUGGGAAAAAUGCUGCCCAAGCUUAUAAGGGGCAUAGAAAUUGUGAGACUGUGAAGGGUGUGAGCUUUUUUGGGCCAAGAUGUGAGUAUGUUUCUAGCGGCUCUGAUUGUGGUCGGAUAUUUAUUUGGAAGAAAAGGGGUGGAGAGCUUAUUCGUGUUAUGGAAGCAGAUAGGGAUGUGGUAAAUUGUACUGAGCCUCAUCCUCAUACCAUGGCGCUUGCUAGCAGCGGAAUCGAGUCUGAUAUAAAAAUAUGGACUCCAAAGGCUAUUGAGAGAGCUACUCUGCCAACAAAUAUUGGACAGGUGAAACCAAAGGCUAGGGGAUGGAUGUACCGCUUAGCUUCACCGGAGGACUUGAUGUUGCAAUUAUUUUCACUUCAAAGGCAGAGGACUAGCCCAGAAAGCGUGGUGCAGAACUCGGUUAUGGAUAGCGAACUUCUAGAGCUUAUACUAUCAUUCAAUGCUAACAGUGACGUUUCUUCAGAUGAUGGAGGAGAUGCUGCAAAUCACGAUGACUCGUUGGGUUAGGAGAUGCCAUUUUGUAACCUUUUGGCCUGUGAAAAAGCGGUAGUUAAAUGUACAUAGUAUACGGUUUUAGCUUUGACUUUUAUUGAGCUGUGUUGCAAGUUUCCAUGCCUGACUGGCUAUGUUAUUCUGCAUUUAAAUUUUUCGUUCACCAA